AUGCAACUGUCUAAAGCUCCCGGCUCGCCUUCUAACUUUACCCCUGCCACGCCCUUGGUAGCACAUUCACCGCAGGUGCACGAGAGUGGUCAGGACGGAGCAGGAGUGUUGCCUGGCAUGAUUCCCACGCCCUUCCUGGCCACAUACGAGGACACUCCCGCCAGUGCCCGUGGAGAGGACACCGUUCUUGGCGGCGAUGGGGGUGGGGACGACGUCGCUAGGCGGGCGAUGGAUCAAAUACGGCUGCUGUGGGCGCAGGUUCAGGCGAGUCGUGGGACUAAGAGUACAUCGCCUGCGGCACACGGGGGUGGGCCGAACAUCACCAUUGGGGAAGACCUGCAUGCCGCUCUCGCGGCAAUGGACGGAGCUGCGGCAAAUGAGUCGGGCAAAGGUGGCAGAGUUGUCAUGCCAGCCGCGGAACCCCAGCCCCAGGCUCCGAGGCCGGUCAGCAGGUUUGGAGAUGCACCCCAGCAGAGUGAGGUUCGGAGGGACGCGUGUGUGGCGACACAGGCACGAACACGACCCGCUUGUGCUGCCGAAGAGUUAGCGCCGGUUGCAGAGGCAUUUGCGCGUCCACAACGUGGAUUCGCAAUGAACCGACUGUCAGGAGCUGGGAGGCUGGCGAUAGUGGGGAACCACGUGGCUCCCCGGGUGGGCGGAGUUGGCGUGGGGACAGAGACGGGGAUGGCCGCGGGGAGCGCAGCGCCCGGCAUACAGGGAAGAGGGUUGAAGCGCGAGCGCCCGAAGAUGACGAUCGUGGUCGACUACAACCCAAACGAUGCCAGGCCUGAGUUGCAGCCGGGAAUGCCUCCGGCAGACAAGAUACACGUAGACAGGAAUGAAAAUGACUAA